UUCCUCUUAUCUUCAUCAGGUCUUCCUUCCAUGGAUAUAUCCAGUAUGCCACGUAGCUAUGACAGGUUGAUGGGAUGCAUUGAAAACGUCCGAUUCAGCUGGACCUCAAGCUCCAAUCCUGCCGCUGCCAUGCCUAUCCAAGGUACUACCAGUCCUUCUGGCACCACCACCGUUGGUGCCGCUGCCACCACUGUUGCUGCCGCUGCCACCAACCCCUCUGCUUCCAACACUGCCACCGCCAACGCCACCUCGCCCAACACACCACCACCAAGCUCAGGCGAUGCUACCAGUGAGAAUCCAACAGCCUCAGGGGCUAGUGAGACAAGUGGGUCACUACCAACAGAAGCUGCUGCUACGGGAACAGAAAUAAGUGGAUCCACCGCUGGAAGUGGCGUUGAAGCAACUCCAACAGAAGCAGGAAACGAGGUGCCCAUAAGUUACAGAGUGCGAGUGGAGGAUGGGUGCAUCAAUGGCUGUGAUACGGCUAAUCCCUGUCAACAUGGUGAAUGUAUCAAUCACUACUCAACGAUGUCUUGUAACUGCUUUAUGAGUGGCUACGAAGGGGAGAGGUGUGACCAUGAAGGUUCCACUCCUGUAACUCUCGGAGGUUAUCAGUAUCUUACCUACACACUUUUCCUCGGUGACCAAGAUACGUACAGUGCCGAAGAUCUCAUCAGUAUGAAAUUCAAGAUAAACCCAAGCCACCAAUCAGCAGUCUUGUACUAUGCAGUUGGAGCUCUCCCGUCCCAGACCUAUCUAGCUGUAUUCAUUCAAGAUGGCCAGCUCUCAGUCAAUGUCAAAUACAGCUCUGAAGACAUCAUGGAAUUCUUAGAGCUGGGCGUGGUCAAUGAUAAUGUUUGGCAUUCUGUGUCGGUCACCCAGCAUGGGACGACGGUUAGUGUGAUCUUUGACAAUGCUACCAUGAGCCACACCAUUACAGGAAGUAACACGGCGUUCACCUUUGACCCUCUCAGUUACAUCGGGGGCGGAGAAGGUCUGAAUGGGUAUCCAGGUCUGCCUGUAAGCACUAAGUUUGUGGGCUGCUUAAAGGAGGUCUACAUCAACCAUUUUGAUGUCACUAGCGCCCUCCAUGGUCAGUCCUCAACCAGGGUGUUCUUCAUGGGCGGAGCUCCGUCUUUUGAGUGCCGCGACAUUGACAUCAUUCCAGUGACCUUCCCAACGCCAGAAUCUUACAUUCAUCUCGAGGGAUGGCAUAAUGCAGACUUGAGCUUAAGGUUUUCAUUUAGGACAGCAAAUGGGUCUGCUUUGAUGAUGACGGCUCAUACUUUCAUGAAUACUACACACCGAGGACGAUUGACGUUGGAUCUGGAGGAUGGUGUUUUGAUGCUGAAGUUGGCGACCGAUCCUCAUGUCCCUCUAAGUCUUGACUACGUAACAUCCCUUGGGGCAAGGUUGCAUGACGGCCUCUGGCAUGAUGUUAAUCUGACCGUCACAGCAGGCCAAGCAAGGUUAGAGCUUGAUGGAGAAUCUACAUCAUUCACCUUCACCGAGGUUUUAUCACCACGAGGGACCGUCUUCCUAGGAGGUUGGAACGGCAAGGGUUUUGAGGGAUGCAUGCAGAACAUCUACAUGCAGGAGAAGAUGCUGGUUCCUACCGAGGUCGAUGGCACACUCAUCAUGAGGGGUGUUACCCUGGACGGGUGCCCCCUCCCCGGUAACCCCUGCGUGGCCGGUGAGGUGGAAUGCGCCAAUGGAGGAACCUGCGUGGAGCAGGAUGGUAGACCGGUGUGCCUCUGCACCGACCCCAAGUUCACCGGUGUCCGCUGCCAAUUUUAUACAUACAAGAGUUCCUGUGCAGAGUAUUUCUAUUCCGGCGAUACUACAUCUGGAGCUAAACUCAUAGAUAUUGAUGGUGCUGGACCUUUCGAACCAUUCUACAUCGAGUGUGAUUUUAGUCGAGGAACCACCGCUUUUGAGAUCCCUCACAAUCUUCAGCCCGAGACGCUGGUCCGUCACGCUGAUCUACCUCACCUGGAGUUUGAUCUUGAGUAUAUGUUCAUGACCAAUGCCAUGCUCCAUUUCCUCAUCGGAAGGUCCAAAGGCUGCUCCCAACAUUUUGACUACCACUGCUUUGAGGCACCUCUCAGGCUGGGCAGCGACACCACGCUUAUAACAGUAGCAGGCAAAGAAGUCCCUCGCCAUGCCAUGCCAUUUCUCGGUAACUGUGACAAGGGUCGCAGAAAAUGGAUGCGUGAUGAUGGUAACAUAACUAGCAUGUUCUACUUGCCCAUCACCAAACUCAGCUUGAGACCUUUUUCUGAUCCUGAUGCUGACUUUACUAAGGGAACACUGACCCUGGGCCCACUUCGAUGUGAACACUCGUUGGGUUACACCGUACCAUACACGGUCUCAUUGUUGAACCAAGAACAGCAUCUGGCCAUGGAUGGUUGGCGCACUGGAAUGUUCUCCUUCAGUUUCCGAACACAUGAUCUCAACUCUGUACUCUUCCAUCAGAGGGCAACAUGGAGAACACACAACUUCCUCAUGGCUUCUAUUACUGGAACUAACACAUUGAAGUUGGAACUGCAUAUGAACGAUGACAUCCAGGUGCACACCGUUGCUACAGAAAGGAUGCUGACCGAUGGACAGUGGCACACACUGACCCUUCAGAAAACUACACACGAGAUCCAUGUUACCAUUGAUUUUGAUCGUUACUCUUUGACCCUCCCUGUCGGUCAGGAAAUGGGUAUAUUCGGUGGUCAGAUGCAUAUUGGUGGAAGCGGAGUACUCCCGUCAGGUUUUCAUGGUAUGAGUGGAUGUAUCUCGGGUGUUCUCAUCAAUGGAAAAUAUCAAUUCAUUUACGACUUCUACAAUGAGUUUACAAACCCAAACAUGAAGCCUGGUUGCAGCAGUGCCUGUGAUAAACAACCCUGUCAGAAUGGAGGAGAGUGCAUGGACGAAUGGGGUUCAUUCACAUGUAAAUGUACCCAUCCAUCAUUGCUUGGCCAGACCUGUGCUGUUGAUAAGAGACAGGACACCCUCACCUUCAAGAUGGACUCAGCCUUUGUGAACUUUGACCCCAAGAACAAUGACGUCCUGACUUCCAACUUCCACCUUGGUUUCCGAACCUUCCAAACGGAUGCCCUCCUCUUCUAUGCCAAUGAUCAGGUUGGGAACUUUGUACAGCUUGACAUCGAGGCCGGAGACUCACUGGUGAUGAAGUUCAACAAGGGAAAAGAAGUGGUGCAGCUUGUGUCGAGGAUGAAUGCCUCUGCUCUCAAUGAUGGCUCAUGGAUCGAUGUUUCUAUUCUACGAGAUGAAAAAUCAGUCAAAGUUGUGCUAGAUGAACAAUUCUCUUCAACUUUUGAUGGUAACGCCACUCUGCUAACUGAGAGUGAUGGCACACCUUUCACAGGUGUACAGGCAACCGUCAGACCACUUCUUCCAUUCAGUGGGCCUUCAGAAUCCUUUGUAAAGAUCUAUGUUGGUGGAGUCCCAGAGGGUACCACGGCAGUCCCUACCCUACAGGGGUGCAUCAGGGGACUUGUCAUCAAUGGCGAAGGGUUCAAUCUGCAGGAGAAGGCACAAAAUGAGGAAGGUAUUUCUACAACAUGCACUGAUAACUGUCUUCCAAGUAACCCCUGCAUGAAUGGAGGAACUUGUAUGGAGAAAUUUGAAACUUUUGAAUGCAAUUGUACUACUACCUCAUACACUGGAAGGACCUGUACUGAAGAUGUUGGUGCAACCUUCAAAAAUACCACCGUACUCCUCUACCCCCUUAUCUCCAGUCCUGAUGAAUCAGCAGACGUCUUAGAGGUGGAUGAUCUGCACUUUGGAUUCAGUACAACUUCUCCUGACGGAACCAUCUUCUACGUCAGGAAUAACUUUGCUGAAAGUGCCCAACAGAACUACAUUAGUGUCAGCUUACUAGGAGGGCAUCUCAAAUUUGUAUUCAACUUUGGAACAGAAUUAGUUGAAAUUGAGAAAACUGGACCAUACAAUGAUGGCUACCGACAUGGAGUUGUUGUCAAGAGAUUUGGAAGGCGGAUUUUGGUUGAUGUUGACAACCAAGGUGAAGAUUACACAACUCAUUUGUCACAAGCUCGUCAUUUUGACGGCAGAGCAGCUAUCGUGGUAGGUGGAGUAGAAAACAACAUGGAUAUGUUUACCUCUGGUGGUUACGAGGGAUGCAUCACAAGCUUAUAUUAUAACAAUAAAACACCCUUGGAUCUUGACAUCAAUGGUUUGGGUAUGAAGCGAGCCGAGUGUGCAGCAUUUAAAUCCGUUUCAACCACCAGCACAAUGACCACUGAGAUGCCUUCAAACCCACUGCUUAAUAAGCCAAUGACCAUGCCUCCAUGGAAUGUUGCUAGGGCUAAAGGUCAGGAGGUUGAAUCAGAUGAACCUGAAGAUAAAGGCCGUGAUGUCCUUCUCAUGGGUAUUAUCAUAGCUGUAUUUGUUGUUGCCUUCCUCAUCCUGAUUGUUUGUAUCAUCGUCACGGUUAUCAGUAUAAAAAAUAGCAAUAAUCAGCAAGCAGCAGCAGCAGCGGCAGCUGAGAAAGAUGGAGAGCCCAAGGAGAUGGAUGGUUUAUUGGAAGAAGGGAGGGGUGGAAGUUCGGGUCGGAGCGGUAAAGGAGGUAACCUCCCUCCAGGGAAGAGACCCCUCUCAGCUGAGAUAAGUAUCAAAGAACUAGAAUGGGAUCCGCAGAUUGAGAAAAACAUACGCCAGCCAGAACUAGAGUGGGACAACACCUCGUACAGUAGCCCCGACACGCCCCUAGAAGAUACGCCCCUAGCCGGCACCCCUGAUGAGCUCUUCCAGACCCCAUCGGAGUCACCUAGCACCCCUGCUACCCCCCAAUCCCAACCCAAUAACCCUUCACCUACCUUACUCCAACUGGCCGCUAACCACAGCCCUCAUCUCUAUAAUACCAGCUUCCUCGACUACUCCACUAACAACACAGACCUUGCCAAUUUGAGCCACAUACAAGACACCCCCGUUUGAAAAUAUACUCUCAUAUUAUAUAAUCUUUUCUACAAGUCACAGUAUCAGUUAUUACUUCAAACAUUCUCAUUAUUGUUGAUAUUUCAGGACAGAACCUUACUCAGAUCUUUAUUUUGUGUAUUGUGCAAAGGGUAAAAUGAAGUAUGAACAUUACAUUUGAAGAAGGAUAAAUUAUUGCGAUAAUGUUGUUACAAAUGUCAAAUGGUGAUCAUCAGAGUUAUGGAUUGAUGAUUUUAUGGUCUAUAUAUUUGAAAUUCAGCCUCACUUAGAACCUAUGAGAUAUGUAUGUUAAUGGCUUUAAGGUAAUUUGAUGGUAGUAAAAUUAUAUUGGAAAUGACAAAAGAAAUCAAAUUUCUUCCGUGGAAAAAAUAGUUUUUCAAUGUUCUCUGAAUGUUGAUUUCCACCAAAUGAAAUGAAAAGGUAUGACUCUUGGACUUUUGUUUGAGAUAUGUGCACAUACUGUAGAUCACAUUCCUUCCAAUAAACUUUCACCUGUUUAAUAGUUUGAGAAAGUUUGGAAAAGAGGAGUAAAAACAUUAGCAGCUCCAUGAACCAAAUCAGAUAAAAAUAGGAGUCGGUCUAUGAUUAAGAGCAUUCAAAAUAAUUAUCAUCGGGUCAUAGAUGCAGGGAAUAAGGGGUUAACAUUACUCUUCAAAUUUUCCCAUUUUCCCAUCAGCCAAUGAACGGAGAAAUGCAGAGGUAAUUUCUGAAGCACAAGAUUAACAAUUCCAGACUCAUUCAUGGUGUAGCCUGGAACACAUCGAUGAAAUCUGAAGAUCUUUAGAUUUCUUUCUCGUAAAUAAAUGGAUACUUGAAAUAUUCUAAUUAUGUAACUCCUGUUAAAGCCAUAGUUCACUGUUCAUAUUCCUCAAUCUGUGUGUUUUACACUCAAGAUUCCCGACCCUUGUUGAUAAAACCUGAUAUCAUUAUCAGAUGUAGAAUUUUUAUGACAAGUUUGCCGCUGACCAAUUAAAUUGCAUCAUUUAAGCUCUAUGAUCAAUGGUACAUGUUUUGUGGAACAGAGGUCUAAAAUUUAUCACAAAUCAAUGAACCUUUCACUGCCAUUGAGGAACAGGUAUUAUAAAUCUAGAACUUAAUUUUUAAAAAAGUUUUUGUGACUCAUCUACUUAUUAUGACUUCCUGGGACCCUAUUGAUGUUGAUACUGCUGGUGUAACUUUGGUACACUCACAAAUUAAUUAUUUGUUUGAAAAGGAUUUAAGAAACUGCAUUUUGUCUGUUAAAACCCAGUGGGCCUAUUUACUGCGAAUAAGUUUAUAUCUGACUAGCUUCAAAUACACACUAUAAUAUGUACCAAGAUGCCUUACUAAUCAGUAAUUGAACAGUUGAUAUUCAUAACUUGCCAAAUUGAAUAUCAGAUGUCUUAUAUGUACAUUUUUAUUGUAGUUGUACCUAGACUAAAAUGGAAAUGUUUCAGAAGAAUAUGUGAUUUAUUACUUUUUUCUGUGUGUUUGUAAAUGAUGUAUAGCUAUGUCACUGUAUAGCAACUGUAUUCUGAUGGACUAAUGCAAAGUAGAGGUUUUUACAGAGAAUUUGCAUUUUUAAAGGUAUUUUGAUUAAAAUGUUAGAGAAAAAUUAGAAAUUAAGCAAAAAGAUGUCAUUGUGAAUAGAUUUAAGAGAAGGUAAUUUCUGAUUAAAAAGGAAAUAUUGGGACAUGUAAUUUGAUAUUAUAUUUACAUUUACUUUUUGAUAAAAAUUAUGGGCCUCUGUACAAAUGGAGGUGAAAUUUUUCAUGGGCGAAACAAAAUUUUAAUAAUCAAAUCUUAAAAAAAAUCAUUUUGCUUAUUAUGAAUUGCCCAGCUACACAAUACUGCCACACACUAAACUCAGGACGUACAAAUAUUGUAUUUUCUGUAGCUUUUAUGAUAUCAGGAUUUUUAUUGUCACAUAAUAGCUUUUAAAAAUUUGAUAUCAUUUCUUCUAAUUGUGAUAACAUAGUUGAUAUUUUUGGUCUAAACAUUACAUUAAUCAAUAUGUAUUUGUCAUUUUUAAUAAAAAUCUUGAGAAAUUAUAUGACAGUAAUUCAUAGAGAUUGUUGAAAUAUGGAGCAUUUGGCAAAGUCUAAUUGUUCUAUUCAUAUUAAAUGAAUAGCUAAAAUUAUUCUUAUAGCUGUUGGUUAAAUGUAAAAUAUAUGUUUCAUUAUUGUGGAUCAAUAUUGCUAAUUAUUAUAGUAAACCUAUGAUUAGUUAUUUGAAUGUUUGGGAACAUUACAAUAUAUGCAAUUACUUUGAUUUGUAUAUAUAAUGUUUGUAUCACAUUUGAUAAAAAUGUUAUGGCAAUUAGAUCUUAUUUAGAGUCAUAUAUUUUUUACUCUGCAUAUUGUGUGAUUUUUCAUUAUUUUGAUACUUGUGCUGUGAGUCUUUACUUUUUGUUAUAGAAUGUUAAUUUGUAUUGACAGUAAUAUUGCACUAUUUUCGGUUUAACAUUUUUCUUUGUUAAAUUGUUUUCUGUUUUGUAUAUAUUUGCAUUUUGUAGAUGUUUUUAUGAAAAUUGUGAUGACAGUCCUUAUCUUGCCAAAUAUGUUGAUUUGGGGAGAAGUAUGGAACUCAUUCAAUUAGUGAUUCUACAUUUAUAGUCUGUUAUAAUGAUUAAGUUAGAAUUCCUGUAUAAUUAUAUUUACAAUAGAACGAACAAGUAUAUGCUGUGUGAAAAACCUACACAAGAUGAUCUUCUUUAAUUUUGUUUCAAUAAUGAACCUGGGGUUGAACUGAACAUUUGAUCAAAUUUUAACUCCUUGCCACUGUUUCUUGUAAUGUUCGCAUUAACAUUUUCUGAUCUGUAAGACGAAAGCUUCCAAAUUAUUAACAGUAUUGUAACAGUAUUCAUAUUAUUCUACCCCCGCAAUGAACAAAAACAUAUUUUCCUAUGUCUUGGGAAGUAUUACACAAAUAUCUAGUCCGAAUGCUUCCAUAUUUUGCAAUCAUUGUACUCGAUAUUUCUGAUUAAUUUAUCAUACUGCAACGUCAUGUACCAAUGAUGAAAAUUGUUUUAAAAUGCCAUGGUAAUGCUUUAAACUGAUGCUUUAUAAAUCAGUUGCUAUAAUAUCAAAUAUUUGUUUGUAUGUAAGUAAACAUAUGUUCUGAAUCAGAUGGAAGGUUAUAAGGUUUGUACAAUACCUUCUUAAUAUACUUAUUUGAGAAUCAUUGUCAUUUAAAAUGUAUGUCUGGAAAUAAUUAAGAAAAAAAGGUGCAACAAAAAAGAGUAGUGCAAUGACUUAUUCUCUAUAUUAGUUAUAUUUAUUGAUUUAUAUCAGUUAGAAAAUAACAUUCCUUCAUUUGAACUUUACAUGUUAUAGAAUAAGUAUAGUAAAAAUGUGAGACUAGUGUUGAUUUGUGAUUGCUUUUUUUUCCGUUGGUUGACAGUUGAUUUUCUUUUCUGAAAUAUUUUAGGCAAUCUACACAUUAUUCCUUUUAGUAUUGAUGCAUGACUUUGACUGUAUAUUUUUGUUCAAGGAGUAAUAUUGGUGUUAUUUUGUUUUCUGUUUAAUGAAAAAUACUGUUAGACUGAUGAAGAGGUUGUUCAAAUCACAAUGGCUGUUGUCCAUUUUAUCAAAGUGAAUUGUUGAAGUUUUUUUUUAAUUUUUAUUCAGUCAAUUUAUAGUGAUUGUUUUUAUUGAUCUGUUUUUCCUGUCACUUUAUUAGUAAUCUAUGUCUAUUUAUUCAUUUAUUCAUAUCACUAAUUUACUUUCUUAUUGAUACAUCUGUUUAUUACAUGUGCAUUACUAGUAUUCGUUCAUUAUUAUUAUAGACAUUUUUUCCCUUGACAUACACUUUUUGCCGAUCGAAGAGAUUGGUGGGUGUUAAGUAAUAAAAUGACCAGAAUAGCAAGUUAAUAGAGCUCAAUCUGCCAGCAUGGAUGUUGCUAAAUAAAAUGCCUGACUAUUUGAACAGAACGAUAAAAUCAUACAAAACAAUAAAUUUUUAUUAAGCAAUUGAUAGGGAAAAAAACCCAUCACAAUCUUUUCAGAGAAAAAAACACCUAACCGGUCUUCAACCAAGAGGGCGCAUUAUGUUGGUAGAUGAUUUCUGCAUGCUGUAUAAGAUGGUUUCUUUUUACAAAGACGUGUGUUAAUGUGUGUUUCCACUGUAAUUGUUUGAGUAAAUUGUCUUUCACCUGAAUUUUACAGUUUACUACUAUACUGUUGAAACAACAAAAUAAAUAUGUAGAAUUUCCCAGUGAUGGGAAAUACUGAAAUCUGAAA